AUGAAUGAUCUCAACAUCUACAAUAUCCUGAACUAUGAGAAUGUAAGUGUAAUUCGUAAUUAAUAAGUACGACCAACUCGUCCAACUCUUCACUGAAAAUGGAGCCUGUUAAUUUUACUCCUCAAUCUACUUACACUCCCUAGACAUCACACUUUACAAAGAAGAGCCAAUCAAAUAUUUAAACAAAAAGAAACAAAUUUAAUUUGGGAUUAUCAAAGAAAUAGUGUGUCUGAAUCUUAAAAACAAGAACUAAUUGCCAUUAAUAAAGAUUUCAGUUCUAUUGACUUCAUAAUUUGUUUCAUAGUAUGUAAACACAAAAAUAGCAGAUUGGUUGGAAUCCAGAGAACUCUUCUCAUGUUAAGAUACAAAAUGGAUUUGUUGGAGUGGUACAAAUGAAGCCAUUUAAUUUUAGAUAUCUAAGACAAGAUCCUCAUGGUUGAGCAUAAAAAAUUAUCAGAUUCUGUUAAAAAAAAUGAGGAGGCGUAUUUUAUGAGAGCCUCGUUUAAUCAUUACACUAAGUAGUUUAAUCCUCCUUAUGAUUAAUGGGCAAGGUCGUAUUGUACAUGUGGAAAUCCUGACAAUAAUGAAAAAGGAUUUAUUUUUUGUAACAAUUGUAAUCUCUGGUAUCAUACAGAAUGCGAAGGAUUAACUUCACAAUAAUUUGAUAGAGAAAGGAAAAAUACAAGCUUACCAUAUUUUUGCAAUAAAUGCAGAAUAAUAAAGAAGAAGACAAGAUGA